UCUACUUUGUCGCGCGUCAGCGUCCCGAGGAGUUAGCAGCGGCGCCGGUAGCGGCAGCUGCAAGUGCCAGAAAAUAAGUGGCCGCUGAACGGUGGGAGUUUCUCGGUCUUGUGAUGUGAGCUGGACAGCUCCAAGAGAGACACCUCGCUAGGAAGCAAAACGCGGGGUUGGAGCGGUGAAGCCCCUCCCCCCAACCUCUCUUUAGUCCGACCAACUCCCUCGCCUUUCCCUCCCCGUUUUUCCUCCCAACCCGCUACACGCUGGCCCGUCGCGCAGGCGCACAAAUCAUCGAAGCGCCUCCUUAGCCCUUGGGGCUCGUGGGCUUCUGCGCGCGCUUCUUCGUCUUCUCCCUUGAUUGGCCAGAUUGCCCCGCCAUGACGCCUCCCUCUGCUUUCUAGGUUGAGAAGGAAGCAGGGGGGCGGGUCCAAGCAGCGCGUGCGCGAUACUGUUGCUGUCCCUUUGCUGCUAUUGCGUUGCAAAAAAAUUCCUGACUAGGUAGCCUUGGGCUUUUCUGUGCUAGAGGACCUAAAGGAGAGAGAAAGAUUUCUGCAACUGAAGGGGCAGUCGGGUAGUAUUUACUUUAAGAUAUUAACGCCCACUCUUAGAGGAGUGUUGGGGAAGGGCCUUAAGCGUUGAGAGCCGAAGAGUAUAAAACCAUUUAAUUUCCGGGCCAGACGUUUAGAAAGGCUUUGCAGGAGCUGUUCUCUGCGUAAUUCUUCGUGAUUGCUGACUGGUUUAAACACAAUCCCUUGAACAAUUCUGAUAAACCUUCGAAACCCGCAGCCCCUCCUUGCAGCGUGUAGGAGCCGCCAGCGUGCCCAGCACCUGGUCCUCCCGUCCUCCCUCCAGAAGAGCCUAGCGCGUGCACCAUCCCCACCCCCUGGCCUCCCUCCCCACCUGCGGCUCUUACGCACUCGCAGUGAUUGUUUUGCCCGCUCCCGCCGCCGUCGCCGUCGCCGCCGCGGCCGCCAGAGGAGCAGCAGCGCUUGUGCAAACCGGGAAGAUGGCGGCCGGCGGCGGCGGAGGCGGCAGUAAGGCCUCCUCCUCGUCGGCCUCUUCAGCAGGGGCUCUGGAGUCCUCGUUGGAUCGAAAAUUCCAGUCGGUAACUAACACCAUGGAAUCUAUUCAAGGCUUGUCGUCUUGGUGUAUAGAGAACAAGAAACACCACACUACUAUCGUCUACCAUUGGAUGAAGUGGCUACGGAGAUCUGCCUAUCCCCACCGUUUGAAUCUCUUUUACCUUGCCAAUGAUGUCAUACAGAACUGUAAAAGGAAAAACGCGAUCAUAUUCCGCGAAUCAUUUGCUGAUGUACUUCCUGAAGCAGCUGCUUUAGUGAAGGAUCCAUCUGUCUCUAAAUCUGUAGAACGAAUCUUUAAAAUCUGGGAAGAUAGAAAUGUAUACCCAGAAGAAAUGAUUAUGGCAUUAAGAGAAGCUUUGAGUACAACUUUCAAAACUCAGAAGCAGCUGAAAGAAAAUCUGAACAAACAACCGAAUAAGCAGUGGAAGAAAUCACAAACAUCCACGAAUCCAAAAGCUGCUCUCAAGUCUAAGAUAGUUGCUGAAUUUCGAUCUCAGGCCCUCAUUGAAGAGCUGUUGCUGUACAAGCGCUCAGAAGAUCAGAUAGAAUUGAAAGAAAAACAGCUGUCAACCAUGAGGGUGGAUGUGUGCAGCACAGAAACUCUCAAGUGCUUAAAAGAUAAGACAGGUGGGAAGAAAUUCUCCAAAGAAUUUGAAGAGGCAAGUGCCAAGCUGGAGGAAUUCGUGAAUGGAUUGGAUAAGCAGGUGAAAAAUGGACCGUCGUUAACAGAAGCACUGGAAAAUGCUGGAAUUUUCUAUGAAGCACAGUACAAAGAAGUAAAAGUGGUGGCCAAUGCAUAUAAAACCUUUGCUAAUCGAGUGAACAAUUUAAAGAAAAAGCUGGAUCAAUUGAAGUCAACCCUUCCUGAUCCUGAGGAAUCACCAGUCCCUUCCCCAAGUGUGGAUGCUCCCUCCCCAACUGGCUCUGAGUCCCCUUUCCAAGGAAUGGGAGGUGAGGAAUCCCAGUCACCAAAUGCAGAGAGUGAGAAAUCUGCCACACCUGAGCCUGCGACAGAUAAUCGUGACGUGGAAGAUAUGGACCUCUCAGAUGUGGAAGACGAUGGGUCAAAAAUCAUUGUAGAGGACAGGAAGGAAAAACCUGUGGAGAAGUCAACUGUAUCCACUGCUGUACCUACAAAGCCAACAGAAAGUAUCUCAAAAGCCUCUUCGUGUACUCCAGCACCUGUGACCAUGACAACAACGCCACCUCUUCCAAAGCCUGUGAACACAUCCCUUCUCUCCCCUACUCCAGCAUUGGCUUUGCCAAACCUAGCUAAUGUGGAUCUGGCAAAGAUCAGUUCCAUCCUUAGCAGCCUGACAUCAGUCAUGAAAAAUACUGGGGUCAGUCCUGCAUCAAGACCUUCUCCAGGAACUCCUACAAGCCCGAGCAGCCUCACCAGUGGCCUGAAAACACCUGCACCUGCCACAACAACAUCUCACAACCCUCUGGCAAAUAUCCUCUCGAAGGUGGAGAUCACCCCAGAGAGCAUUUUGUCUGCUCUUUCCAAAACCCAGACACAGUCAGCCCCUGCACUGCAAGGCCUGUCAUCUUUACUUCAGAGUGUUACUGGGAACCCAGUUCCAUCCAGCGAAGCUACACCCCAGAGCACUUCAGCUUCCCCUGCUAACACCACAGUCUCUAGCAUAAAAGGAAGAAACCUGUCCUCCAAUACCCAGUCCUUUAUUCCCAAAAGCUUCAGCUAUUCUCCUAAUUCCUCAACUUCUGAAGUCUCGUCAACUUCAGCCAGCAAGGCCUCCAUUGGGCAAAGCCCAGGGCUCCCAAGCACUACUUUCAAGCUGCCCUCCAGCACUCUGGGGUUCACAGGUAACCACAGUGCUAGCCCUGCUGCGCCGCCUACUGAAGUCGCCAUGUGCCAAUCCUCAGAGGCCUCCAAGCCAAAGCUGGAGUCAGAGUCCACCUCCCCAAGCCUGGAAAUGAAGAUCCACAACUUCUUAAAAGGUAAUCCUGGUUUCAGUGGCUUAAACUUAAACAUCCCAAUCCUGAGCAGUUUGGGAUCCAGUGCUCCAGCAGAAAGCCAUCCAUCAGACUUCCAGCGUGGCCCUACUAGCACGUCAGUCGACAACAUUGAUGGAACCCCGGUACGGGAUGAACGGAGUGGGACACCCACUCAGGAUGAAAUGAUGGACAAGCCCACGUCCAGCAGUGUGGAUACCAUGUCCCUGCUUUCUAAGAUCAUUAGCCCUGGGUCCUCAACACCCAGCAGUACAAGAUCACCACCCCCUGGAAGAGAGGAAAGCUUCCCCAGAGAGCUCUCCAGUUCUGUGUCUACGUUUCGGCCCUUUGGCUUGGGCAGUGACUCCCCCUAUAAGCAGCCUUCCGAUGGAAUGGAGAGACCGUCUUCUCUGAUGGACUCUUCACAGGAGAAGUUCUAUCCAGAUACUUCUUUCCAGGAAGAUGAAGAUUACCGAGAUUUCGAGUAUUCAGGGCCUCCACCAUCUGCCAUGAUGAACCUAGAGAAGAAACCAGCCAAGUCUAUCCUGAAAUCAAGCAAGCUUUCUGAUACCACUGAGUACCAGCCAAUCCUGUCCAGUUACAGCCACAGGGGUCAAGAAUUUGGGGUAAAGUCUGCCUUCCCUGCAUCUGUGCGGGCCCUCCUGGACUCUAGUGAGAACUGUGGCCGGCUUUCGUCUCCCCCUGGACUGUUCAGUGCCUUCGGCGUCAGAGGGAAUGAAGCGGGGUCUGACCGGUCACCAUCGCCGAGUAAGAAUGAUUCAUUUUUCACCCCUGACUCCAACCACAAUAGCUUGUCUCAGUCUGCCACGGGGCAUCUCACUUUGCCGCAGAAGCAGUACCCAGACUCUCCUCACCCAGUCCCACAUCGGUCCCUUUUCUCUCCGCAGAACACCCUUGCCGCUCCCACGGGCCACCCACCCACGUCAGGCGUGGAGAAAGUCCUGGCCUCUACCAUUUCCACCACGUCGACGAUUGAGUUUAAGAAUAUGCUUAAGAAUGCCUCACGAAAGCCUUCAGAUGAUAAACAUUUUGGCCAGGCCCCCAACAAGGGCACUUCAAGUGAUGGUGUCAGCCUGUCAAACCUCGCCCAGCUCAGCUUGACGGCCGCCGAUCAGCAGCAACAAGAAGAGCACUAUCGCAUAGAGACUCGAGUCUCCUCCUCCUGCUUAGACUUGCCUGACAGUACCGAAGAGAAGGGGGCCCCUAUAGAAACCUUGGGUUAUCAUAAUGCAUCCAAUAGGAGGAUGUCAGGGGAGCCGAUACAGACUGUAGAGUCCAUCCGAGUCCCUGGGAAGGGAAAUAGAGGACAUGGGCGUGAGGCUUCAAGGGUGGGUUGGUUUGAUCUGAGCACCUCAGGAGGCUCCUUUGACAAUGGCCCCUCAAGUGCCUCUGAGUUGGCAUCCCUUGGGGGUGGGGGCAGCGGAGGCCUCACUGGCUUUAAAACAGCACCAUACAAAGAACGAGCACCCCAAUUUCAGGAAAGUGUCGGCAGCUUCCGUUCCAACAGUUUCAACUCAACAUUUGAGCAUCAUCUCCCCCCAUCCCCCUUGGAUCAUGGGACACCCUUCCAGAGAGAGCCAGUGGGGCCAUCAUCUGCCCCACCCGCCCCUCCUAAGGAUCAUGGUGGUAUCUUCUCUCGAGAUGCACCUACUCAUCUACCCUCUGUGGAUCUUUCGAACCCCUUCGCAAAGGAGGCAGCCCUGGCCCACGCUGCCCCACCUCCUGGGGAGCACGGCGGAGUUCCUUUCCCCACCCCACCCCCUCCUCCGCCCCCCGGGGAACAUAGCAGCAGUGGUGGGAGUGGCGUCCCUUUUUCUGCUCCUCCUCCUCCUCCACCUCCUGGUGACCACUCUGGGGUUGUACCCUUCCCAACCCCACCACUGGCAGAGCACGGAGUGGCGGGGGCCGUGGCAGUAUUUCCCAAGGACCAUAGUUCCCUCCUUCAGGGGACCCUGGCUGAUCAUUUCGGGGUGCUCCCAGGACCCAGGGACCAUGGGGUCCCCACCCAGCGGGACCUCAACGGCCCCGGCCUUAGCCGUGUGCGCGAGAGCCUGAGCCUGCCCUCCCAUUCUUUGGAGCACUUGGGCCCAGCCCAUGGAGGAGGAGGUGGGGGAGGCAGCAACAGCAGCAGUGGCCCCCCCUUGGGUCCCUCACACAGAGACGCCAUCAACCGGAGUGGUAUGAUCUUGCGGAGUCCCCGGCCAGACUUCCGGCCUAGGGAGCCUUUUCUCAGCAGAGACCCUUUCCACAGUUUAAAGAGACCCAGGCCACCUUUCGCUAGGGGCCCUCCGUUCUUUGCACCAAAACGCCCAUUCUUCCCUCCCAGGUACUGAUGGAAACUAAGGGAAAGGCAUUUGAACAGUAGAGAGCAUUGGAAGUAGGAGUUUGGUUUAUUAUCAUUGUUUUUAUUUGUUCUCCCUCCUUUGAUCUAUUUUUUUUCUUCCUUUUUUUAUUAUGACAAAGGACCUCCCUUCCAAAUUAAAAAGUUAUAUAUGCUUACAUUUCACUAUUCCAUCCAGUCCUCCCUCCCACUGCACUUAUACCUACCUUUUCCAAGAUGUUUGUAUUUUAAGGGGGUGGGGGGCAAAGAAACACAACUAAAGCCACUUCAUUUGGCUGGGGGUUUGAAGGGUGGGGAGGAAGACAAAUCUUAUUUUACCCCAUCUAUUGAAGAGUAUUACUACAUUUGAAAUAAAACUUCCAUCAGUACAGAUAAUACCAUGUGCAAUGUUGGGAUGUUAUUUGGGGCUUGGCUUAUCAAGUAGUCAAUGGAGGGAUUCUUGUCCCCUUCUCUGUCCAGCUCAGUCACCUGCUGUAACCAGUGUGGCUGUCUUCCCUGUGUGCUCUGUGGCCUGCUGACAGCCAAGAGAUGUUGCAGGGGAGGAAAUGUGGGGGACCUCGGACCUGUCAAGUUAUUUGGGGGCUUUCUUUUGUUUUGUUUUAAAAGGCAUAUUGAAGUUGAGUUCUUGACCUUUCUCCCAAAGUCUAAGCCCUUGUUUUUUAAUUCAGCCUCUUCUAUUAGGCAGCAACUUUGAGGAAAUACAGACCUCAUUUUAUCCUAGUAAAGAAUUUUCCUCCUUUGAGGAGAAUAAAGGGGGCCAGGUAUAUUAAAAUUAAAGAAUAAGUAACUGCAAUACAGAGAGUGAGAGAAAGGAGCCAUUGAUGGUAUGAUCUGACUUGGCCGUCUGUCAUAAACAUAUUUCUGAGGUGGUUUUCACAUAUCUGGAAUCAAGCUCUUGCUUCCUGGCUUUUUUUUUUCCUUGACUUUUUCUCCCUCAGUUUUCUCGUCUACAUUUCUAGUCUAGCCGGAAAGUCACUGUAGUUGACAGCAGAUACAGAGGUGCAACUGAAACAUUCUCAGAUAUUAUCCCAGUUGUGUUUUUUUAAGUAGACAUUUUUACCAUGGUGCCUCCCUAAUGUUGUGACAUUUGUUGGUAGUUGUCACCAAAAGUUAACUGGGGAAAGAGAAAUAUUUGUCUUUAUCUUUCUUUUACCCUUGACCUAGUCCUGUAUUCACCCCUCUUCUUGGUAUUCUGAAGGAGGAAGUUCAGUAGCAUCUUUCUUUAUACCUCUUCAGCUCUGUCUUAGUGACACAUGGAUGUUAUACAUAUCCUUGCAGACAAACAGGAGGACCUGAUUAGUUUAAAUUUACCCCACUCUAUGGAUAGCAACCUGUCACAUUUCAAGGCUCAAACCUUAUCCUCACCUCCCACUCUCAAUAGAAAAUGUUUAUGCCCUUAGUAAUUUUACAUGAAAAAAAAAAAAAAAAGUGUUUUUUUCCUCCCUGAACUGAAAAGCUCCUUACUUGUAUUUCUACAGCUAGUACUGGGAAAAGACAAUCACUGCACUUUGAGUGUUUAGGGACACUGAAAAGCGAAUGUUGCUUUACUACAUUUUUUUAUUUAGUGUCUUACCCUAAAGUACACACUGGUAGUCUCCAGCCAGAUGAGUUAAAGACUAUAAAAGGAAAUCCUAGCAAGUUUCAUAUUUUCUUCCAAGUUAGUGUAGAAGUAACUAGAAGUGUGAGGAUUGCUUUGGAUUCCCCCAGUGAAGUUUUACAGAUGGGAGAGCAUGGGCUAUGUAGUGACAGAAGAUGAUUCUUUGCCUCAGAAUAAGCUUGCUUUAUAGGUAAAAGAGCAGCUCAAACCAGGUGUGCAUCAUAGUUUGGGUGUUUUUUGUGUAAUUUAUUCCAUGUUACUUGUUUGGGCUCUCCAUGUUUUCUGUGGUUAGGAUCUUGCAAGUCCUCCAUCUUCCUAAUGCAUUUCUGGUCUUAAGCCAGCUGUUCUUUCUUUGACCUUCUCAAGCCUCUCUGCCCUGUAGCUCUCCCUGCAUAAAAAUGCAUGAUACCACAACAUUGUAAGUGGGAUGAGGUAUAUAGUGUAGCAAAGCAAAGAAACAAUACAGUUAUACUGAGUCCUAAGACAUUUGUUUAGAGACAAGUAUAAAAGAGUGUGAGGGUGGGGUGGGGGGGGGAGGUAAAGGGAGAAAGUUUUAACUCAAAACUGAAAUAGGUUUUUUUUCUUUUGCAGAAAAUUAAGUGGGAUGUUUUUCAUUCUAGAAUAAAAGAAUGUGAAUUCUUUCUGCUGCUCUCGAUUAAUCUAAAAGUAGCGUUUACUUGAAAAGGCUCUCUGACCAUUUGAUUUUAUCAGAAAAUGGGGGGUUGGUCAGCAAAGUGGUUUCCUGAAUGUUGGGGCAGGUUAAUUGUCCUCAGAAGCAUGAUAGCUAGUACAUGAAAGGGAAGACCUUGUACAGUUAUAAAUGAUGGACUUUAAGGGUUGGGUUUCUGUGGAGUGUGUUUUGUUUUUUUAAGCCACAAAAUCCAUUUGUUUCAGGAUGGAAAUGAGGAUUUGUAUGUAACUGUCAGCUGUUUGUUAACUUGAAGGUCAUCUGCCUACAGCAGUCAGUGAAGACAACGAUGUGUGUAUAUAUAUGUGAUAUAGUGAAAUAAGACAAUUCUGGUAUUCAUAACAUGAAACAAAGGGGUUUUAUUCUUUCUGUGUCUGUGAUUUAAAACUCCAUGCCCAUGCUCUGACUUUUGUACUUCAACCUCAGAACAAGAUUUUUAAAAAAGCAUAGCAUAGUGUGUCUUGGCAAGGACAUGAUUCAGUAUGCAAACAGAUAAUGCGAAGUUGUUACUAAGGUUCUUGGUGCUCACUGUAAAAUCACAGACAGAGAAUCAGUGGGUACAGCAUGAGUACACUGGUACCACUUAAAAUUCAGUUGAUACAAUAUCAGAAAUUGAGUCCUUAAAUAUUCUGUAAAAGUUUACUCUUCAGUCAGCUUAGAUUCAACCUCUGUCCCUGCUCCCAUUUGCCCUCCCAAAUUCUGUUGAGAAUAAAUAGAAUUUGGUUUAUUUCCAGGGAGGGUAAAAUGAUAAGAGAAUAGGCCUUUCAUCCUUUCCAGUCCCAGGAACACAAUGUUUGUGAUGUAUAUGGUACAGCAAACCUAUCUAGAUAAUGUGAAUAUGCUAAAAUUCCUAAUUGCAGAAUAUUCACUAUCAGUGGUUCAUGCAGAAGUAAGCUUCAGCUGUUACUGUUUUGAAGCUGCUGUAAAUUACUGCUUUUUCUCCUUUUUGCCUCCCCUCCUUCCCCUCCUUUUUUUGAAUGGGCUGGGGUGCCUGUUAAGAUUUAAAUUAGAUAUGUUGGAUUGAUAUUCUCACGUGUUCAGUGUGGAAAACAAAACAAGUACAUGCUUUAGAGGCAACAACAAUGAAAUCCUUUUGAAAUGUGUAUUAAUAUCAUUUAAUAAAAUAACUAGUUCUAAA